AUGCUUUCGAAGCCCCAGCGACCAAUGGCAUCGGCGGAGCCGAAGCGGUCAGCGACCGCGCGAAGGGCAGCGCCCAAGAGUGAGGCCGAGCCUCGAGGGAAGGAGAAGCUCUCCCCCAGCCCUGCUGCGAAGAUGGGUGCCGAUGCACUACCGCAUGGCCGAGGACCUGGUUCUAUAUGCUCGGAGCCUGUAGGCGCCGCGAAGAAUACCAAGGCCGCUGAGAGAGGCUAUCCGGUUGGGAUGACAAUGCCUGGAUUCCAGUUGCACUAUGGCCCCAAUGGACAGCCUUGGUACACCGACGGGAAGCAAUGGUGGCCGGUGGGCUACAAUCCCAGGAUAGCUUCCCAACAGUGGUCAACGCCGUUCUCUUCCUGGACUAUGCCGUGCCAGCAAACGCCCAGUCAACAAACGGCGGUCAAUCCGAAGGAGUUUGACCUGAAAGGAGUCAAGCAGAAUGCAACGAGAACUCGAGUGAAGACAGAAACCAAGGAGGAGAAAACUACGAAAGGAGACAAGAAGGACAAAUCCUCCAAAGAGAAGGAUAAGGGUGACCGCGGAGAGAAGAAGAAGAAGCCGGACAAAGGCCCACCAGAAGAUGUCCCCGAUUGGGGAGGCGACGAUGAGGGUGAUGAGCCAGAUCCGGAGGAUGACACGGAGUACACUUAUGAAGAAGAGAGCGAGGAAGAGGAGGAACAUGAACCAGACCAAUCGGUCGAUGUGACGCCGCGGUCAGCGACCGGAGUGACGCCUCGCUCAGGCACAGGAGGCGAGCCCCGUGAAGGUCAGCGACCUGGGCGGCGACCUGCGGAGCGUGACACGCAUCACACGGGCAGCGGCCCACGGAGGCGGAGACCUCCAGGUGGCGGCGGCCCACCUUCGAUGCCAUCCAGAGGAUCGCAAGCCUCUUCCAGCCACAGGACAUCGUCCGUCAGAACAGAGUCGGUACGACAGCUGCUCAAGGAGCGUACCGACCAGCCUGAAGGGCGAGCUCGUGCAAACCUUGGACAAGUCCGGCUGGAGACCUUCUCAGGUGACAGGUCUCAAUACAGGAACUGGAUGAAGACGAUCCAAGCUCAGAAGCAGCUCUACCAGAUCCAAGACAAGGAGCUGGCGGUCUUGUUGUUCUUGUCCUGCACCGGGGAGGCCAGAGAGGUUCUCAAUCAACUGGAGAUAGCGGACAUGCAAGAGGAAGGCGGCCUUCAACGCAUCCUACGUCUUUUAGAGGAUGCGUAUGGGAGCAAAGCAGAUGAGAGAUUCGAGGAAAGGCAAAAUGCUUUCCUGAGUUUCCGCCGCUCUCCCGGACAAAGCAUCGCUGCUUACUUAGCGACCCUGAAAAGACUCCGAAAUGAGUACUUGCGUGAAGACCCGGGGUCAGUAAUCAGCGACCGUGCAUUUGCCCAAAGAAUGCUGACCCGUGCUUCCUUGACACGGCGCGAACGGUACGACUGCUUUUUUGCAGCCGGCGGUUCUUACCGUUCAGGUCCCUUGGAGAAAGUCCUCAGGUUCCGAUGUGCGAACGUCCACCUUGAGGAAAGACCAAGCGGCGGCCGCCGCCAAGAGGAACGUGGCUAUCAACAGGUUGCUCGGCCGCCGCCGAAGAGGAGAACCUACAAAAGGUCCGAUCGCCGAGCCCCGUAUCGUGCCACUCGCCAUGCUCAUGUGGCCGAUGAAGAAGACCUUGAAGGGGACUAUGAAGAGCACUAUGGAGACAACACGGAUGACGAGGACCUGGAGCAAGAAGCACUGAUGGCAGAGGAGGAGAUGCCCGAAGAAGAGGAGUGGAGCCAUGACGAAGAGGCCGAGUAUGAGGAAAGCGUCGAGGCCGUGGACCAGGCUGCCUUGCAAGAGGCAUUCGCUGCUGGUUGGAGGGCCAAGAAUCAGACGGCCCAAGCCCGGCUGAGCCGUGGCUACCGUGACAGUGGCAAAUCCCCAAAAGGGAAAGGAAAAGUGAAGCGACAAGACAGUCGCCGGCCUGACGAUCGAAAACGCAACAGCACGUGCGCCUCAUGUGGCCAAAAGGGACAUUGGAGAGGCGAUGCAAUUUGCCCCAAUGUGAAGUCAGGCAAGGACGCUCCACAUCGGAAGGAAAGUGCAACACAUUAUACAACAGCAUCGGGUGCUGGGAAGGGCAGCGCCUUCCAACCCAAGCGGGGCCGCGCCCCCUCUCCGGCCAGAGAACCGGAGCGAGCACCGCUGCCGCGGAGGAAGAGCUCAGAGAGCCAAGCAAGAGACCAAGCUGGCGAUGUAACGGGCACUACGCCCAAACAUCCCCCGAUGGCACCUCCACCGAAUCCUCCUCGACGAGGAGCGGUAGAUAAGUCACCGAUGGAGACCUAUGUGGAGCCACCAUCAACUCCAAGGGGGCAUGAAAGACCACCAGAGCCAGCAGUGCCACCUCGAGUCAAAGAAGAAGUCGAUCGAUCUCCUAGCAGAAAGGAACCUGAGAGAGAACCCAAGGCGUCUCCGGAGGAGAAGGCCAAGAAGAGGAGAAGACGCUCACAUCGAUCAGACAGACCGAGAAGGUCCUCAGGUGAGCACAGGUCUGACAGAGAUCGCACCCGUGAGCGAAAAUCACGGGAGGAAGGUGCAGAGACACCUGCUGACACGCCUCGUGAAGGGACAGAAGAGGCCUUUGUGGCACAGCCUUCAACUGGCACUACAGCACGCCAGUGCAACUGGACAUACAUGGUUGGUGGCUGGGACGUGAUCAAGGACUAUGAUUCUGACAGUUCCGACACGAUCUCAUCUCACCAGUUGGCAACCGAAAGUGAAGAGGACGAUUUGGUCCGCAAGUACCAGUUGCAAAAUUCCCCAGCCCCCAAGUCAGCCGCUAGGGAGAAGCUUAAGGUCAAGCUGAUGACGGUCUUGAGAUCUUUGGCUGAAGAGGAGCAAGACGAUGAGGUCAAGAGACGACUUCAACGGAAACAAGAUCGCCUUCGAGACAAGAUCUCAGCACGGGCCGUGCGAUCUCAAGCCUCGGGCUCGGAAGCUCCGGCCAAAACAAGGCCCAAACAUGAAACCCGAGAUCCCAAGUUGGACGAGGAAAUGGGUUUGUCCACCCAGGAUCUGCUGCAGAUCUUACCAAAUAUGUCCAAGGAGGAGAAGAAAUUGCUCUACAAGCAACUCAAGAAGGAACGAGAAGAUGAAGCCCUCAAGCUCUUUGGAACGGGGCAGCCGCCCACCUCAGCAGCAAAGCUCAAGAGGAAGGAUGAGGUUGAGGAGCCACCGGAUCAAGAGGAGAAGGUACCGGUAGGAGUCAAGAAGAAGCGCAUGGAGAAGUUUCGCAGACAGCUCUACGAGGCGGCCAAGAACCGAAAAGGGAAGAUCGUACCGUCAGAAGCCUCAGAUCUUCCCAACGCUGCCCAGGAGAACUGCGAGCAUCCAUAUGAGCGUUUGCUCUGGGGUGCAAAUAUCCUUAUGACUACCGAUGCUAGGUACAAAGGGACCUGUGAGAAGAUCUGUGAGAAAUCUGUGAACGGAUCUAUGGGGGAGGAUUGCAAGCUGAGAAAAGUCUUGUACUACUCAGCUAUGCAUGGUGCAAUGACGUCCAACCAAUGCAUCCAUGCCCAUGACCAUGAACAUGAGGCCUACCAGGCCAAUGUGCUGUCCCCUGGACAUGUCAUUCUUGACACUGGGUGCAGAACAGCAGUGGCUGGACGCAAGUGGCACAUGACCCUGCAGUCUUUGAUGCGCCAGAAAGGCCUUCCGUUCUACAAGACCAACCACGAGGAGGUCUAUCGCUUUGGAGCAGGUGCCCCGGUGCUCAGCACUGAGGCGUUCCUCUAUGCAGUGCAGAUCUAUGAUCACAAGUCUUGGGUGCGCAUCGCAGUGGUUGACAACACACCGGACGAUGGCCGUGUGGCAGAGUGUCCUGGACUUGUGGGACCUGCUGAACUUGCCCGUUGGAAGGUGCAGAUUGACUUCGCUAAGUUGCAGGUUGCAAUUCAUGGCAAAUGGCAACCUACAGUUUUGUCGCCUUCAAGGCAUCCAAUCCUCAAUCUGCUCAACGUCGGCAAGAAGCCUGAUCCAACAGCAUGGGAGACCGGGGAGCUCAAGGAGCUGAGGCUGCGCCUCACAAACGACCCGCAUUCCUUUGCCCUCUUGCAGGAGGCAUUGGAUGAUCUGAGCUCUGAUGACGGCAGCGCCGCAGAGCCAGACCUAACUACGAAAGAAGCCGUCCAUUGGACGGGACCCCAAUUCGAGACGAUGGCCCGCUGGCAGAAGAAAUCCGAAUCAGAGACCAUCAACCUGCUGGAUGUGAUGGGUGUGGACUGCUUUCGAGCCACAACCAAGGAACCGGAUGACAGUUCCACGGGUUCCAUCAGCGAACGCGAAAGUGAGACUUCUCACGAAGGUGGACUUCCGAUGGGUUUCAACAGUUCUGAAGAAGAAUCCACGGAAUCGGAAGAUGGCAUGGUUGAUGAAGUGAUGAUAGCUGGCAGCGCCGGCGACACUGAGUACCUUGGAAAAGGGCAGAAGCGAAGACUUUUGGCCGCCGCCAAGAACAUCAGUGAAGCUGUGGAGGUGGAGCGCACCAGUUUCAAGAAGGAGAAGGAGGUUCCAAGAGUGCGCCGGCUGCGUACUGGCUUCAAGAUCUUGGAGAUCUUUACGUGGUCCUGCAUGCUGUCAAGGUUUGCCUACGGCCUGGGCUGGGAGUAUCUUGAACCAGUGACCCUUCCAGGCUGGGAUCUGACAGACCCCAAGGUACAAUGGGAGGCCCACCAGUACAUUGAUCGAGUCAACCCUGACUUCAUCAUGCUGGCAUGGCCGUGUGGACCGUGGUCGCCUCUGCAGCGACUUAAUCAAAAGACUUGGACCCAGCGAGAGGCCCUCAAACACAAACAGAACACCUCGAAGAAGUUGCUGAAGUUUUCUGCACAAGUCUCUUUGAAGAGACAACGGAAUGGCCGCGCCAUCCUGGGUGAGAAUCCCCUGCCGAGCCUGGCAUGGAAGCAAGAUGAUAUCAUUGAUGGCUUCGGUGAUCUGCCUGAAGGGGUAUGCGACCAGUGUCAGUAUGGCCUUCGCCAUCCCGAAUGCGGCAUGCCUCUGAAGAAACCAACCCGCUUUGUGGGCCAAGAGGAGAUCGUGGCUGAGCUCAGGAAAAGAUGCCCUGGGGAUCACCAACAUUUCCCCAUUGAAGGUUCAGUCCGGACGGAGGAGUACGGGACUAUAUCUUUGUCAUCCUGGGCUGGAGGAUAUCCGAUCCCCUUGUGCAAAGCCAUCAUGAGGGGAGCCUUAAGCUUCCUGCAUCGGCCGGCAGCUGCCGGGAAAGAGACCUACGUCCUGGAGGAGUACGUCACCGAAGAAUCUUUUCAGGACGGGCAAGAAGGAAUUGAAGAGGAAGAGCAACGAAUGGCACAGGAGAAAAGGCGAGAGGAAGAGGUGAUCGAGGAAGAUGAUCGACGCCCUGUGCCAAAAGAAAUUCAAAAGGCAGUUGAAUUUGCCCAUCGGCAACUUGGACAUCCCAGCAGAGAUACUUUGGUCCGGAUGCUGCGCAUCUCAGGAGCGACAGAGGAUGCCAUCCGUCACGCUAGACGAUGGCAGUGCGAUGUGUGCCGAAUGCAGAAGGCACCAGCACAUCCUCUUGCUACAACGCCAAGCUUGAGACCCUAUGGCUUCAAUCGGAAGCUUCACUUGGACAUCAAGUUUGUGUUCGACUCACGAGAUCGCAAAUAUCCUUGUUUGAGCAUUGUGGAUCUUGGUACUGCGUACCAUGGCGCCUGUCUUUGCAAGACAAGGAGGUCCGACUAUGUGGCGCGCAAGUUCAUGAUCCAUUGGGUCCAGAUCUUUGGAGCUCCAGAGCAUGUUAGCCACGAUCAAGGUGGCGAGUUUGAGCUGGCCUUCACCUCGCUUUUGGAGGACAUGGCGGUGCCAACUACGGUGACAGGAUCACAUGCACCGUGGCAGCUUUCGGUGGGAGAAAGACAUGGAGCUAUCUUGGGCACCAUGAUCUCAGCUAUCACUGCAGAACACUCCACUGAAGGAUUUACAGCCAUGAAACUGGUAGUGUCAUCUGCUGUCGCAGCCAAGAAUAUGACAGUGACUCGGGACGGAUUCACUCCCAAUCAACGAUUGUUUGGAGCUGAAAUCAAAUUCCCCAGUUUGACAGAAGACAACGCCAGGCCAAGCUUUGCAGAAGCAUUGGACUCUGAAUCAGAGUAUGCACGCGCUCACAGAAUGCGCAUCACGGCCAGGCUGGCUUUGAUCCGUAUGGACGUCCAAGACAAGAUGCGCCGUGCGAUUCUGAGGAAGCCAGCGCAUGAAAAUGAUGGCCCAUUCAUGCCGGGAGCACAGAUUUAUUUCUGGACCCCAAAGAAACUUUCAAAAAGGUAUACCCGAGGUGGCCAGUGGCGUGGACCUGCUACAAUCCUUGUGCGUGAGGCCAAGGAGAGAUACUUUGUCAGCUGGCGAGGCCGCGCCCUCCUGUUGGCUGCGCCCAACAUCCGACUGGCUACUCGUGAAGAGCUAGCUCUCAACGAGCCAGCCAAGGAAGAUGCCGACAGUUUGGGUGAACUACUUCGGGACCCCAUCCGGGAGAAGACCUACAAGGACCAAUCACGACUGGCACCUCCGCCGAGGACGAGAAAACGUCCAGCAACCGCGGAUACGCCAGAGAGAAAAAGAGCAAGGACGAUGUUAAGAGGCACCAAGUCAAUUCGACAGCUCCUGAAGGAUCGCUACGCUGAUCUUCGAGCACAGUUCAGGAAGAGGAAGGUGCCCAAAGGUAUUGAGGAUAAGCCGGCAACGCCGCGCCCUGCAAAAAGGCCAAAGGCCUUAGAAGAUGGACAAGUGCCACCAGAGGAGAUCCCUGAACCACCUCAACCACCGGCACUACCAGGACCUGGAGGAGGCGAAGAGUCUGAUGGCUACAGCGCCACAUCACCUUAUGAUGAGCAUGAAGGUCCUCCCCACAUGUCAACCGAUGAGGAGCCACCUCACAUUCCUACAGAUGAUGAAGGACUGGAUGAGCCAUCCAGAGUUGAGGCAGAGCCUCCAACUGAGGUACCUGUCCCGCCGGACAAUGAGGACGAAUGGUUAGAGGAGUUCAGGAAACUGUCCGAGGAAGAUAGACGCAAGAUGUCUCUUGACGACGUUCCUCACACCCUCAAGAGGAAACAGCAGCUUAUGGACCCUGCUCGGGCGGAUGCUGCCGUCAAGAAGCUGCGUGCGAACUUCUGCGCACAGGUGGCAGCGACCACAGUGUAUGGGAGCCUUCAAAAUGAAUGGGUGUCAAGAUACGAGGUGGAACUUCUUAAGCAACUGACAGGCUUGCCAGUUACGGCGGCCAGAAUCCACAGGACACCCAGGAAGCGUUUCCAAAAGCCUCCAAAGAUGGUUAGUCGCUCACGACUUUCCAUUUUAAUUGGCAAAGAUCCUGCCAACACCUUCAUUGUCAACGAGGACGAGGAGGACGUGAAGCAGAACCCUCGCCGUCGUGCCAGCUUUCUUUGGAAAGGCAUGACGAUUUUCUACAAGACUGCCAAGGAGACUGACACCGAGCCGGUAUACAUCCAGCUUCCAGAUGGGUUGUACCGUGCGGAUCUGACUGUCCAAGCCGCCCAAGAUUUCGAAGCUUUGUGGACGGAAGAAGUUCGAGACUUGCUCACCACUGAAGCGCUGCUAUUGAAGAUGAAGCAGGGUGGCAAGGAGCUGGAUCCUGCUUUCUUUGAUCAGAAGGAAAGAGCAGCCUUCGAUGCGGCUGACGUCAAGGAGUGGUCUGAAUGGAUCAAAAAUGGAGUGAUUGAAAGGGUCAGCCCUGAGGAAGCGGCCCGAGUUCCCAAAGCAUCCAUUUUCAGAGCACCACUUCGUAUGCUCAGGGUCAACAAACAGACCAAUCAGCUCUUGCCGUUGGUAGCAAAAUCCCGACUUAUUGUGCCAGGUCAUUUAGACCCCCAGCUUGGUGAAUUCCGGACAGAUUCGCCAACCUGCCCUCAAGCAGCUGUCCGUGCAGCCAAGAGCGUGGCAGCAGCCCGUGGAUGGGGUGGCACAAUUUUUGAUGUCACAACAGCUUUCCUCAGCGGAAAGAAGUUGCAACGGCAGGUUUACAUCCGAGCCCCCAGAGAAGGUUUGCCUCCAGCUGAGAAUUGGUCAGCUGUGGAACCUGGAGAGCUCUUGCGCAUCCUCAAGAGCGCAUAUGGACUGACAGAGAGUCCCAGGUUGUGGUACCUGGAAGCCCUUGACAGGAUCAAAAAGACUGAUCUCCAGGAGCUCGAGAUGUCGCGAUCUACCUUCGUUGCAGGUGGUGGAAGCAGUGGCAGCGCCACAUAUGCUAUCCUAUGUCUCCACGUGGAUGACGGACUGCUUCUUGGUGAUUUACAGGACAAACGUGUCCAGAAUCUCAAGCGGCAGAUUGACGGAAUGUUCAAGAUCAAGGCCUGGAAGACUGUAUCUGCCAAAGAACCAGUUCAAUUCUUGGGCGUGGAUGUAACUUUGGAUUCAAAUGGCAUCCACGACGACAUGACGCAGUACAUCAAGCAGAUCAAGGUGGAACCUUUGAGUGGCUCUGGACCACUUAAUCCAAGGGAGUUGACGCUCUAUCGUCAGCUCGUCAUGCGCCUUCGGUGGCCGGCCCAACAGGCCAUGCCACAUAUGUUGUAUGAGGUUUCAGCCCUAGCACAACGUGUGAGCUGCGCUCAACACAGUGACUACAAGGAAGCUGUCAAGCUUCAUCAAAAGUUUGUGGAGGAAGCUUCCCAGGGCCGCGCCCAAUUGACCUAUCCAAAGCUGAACGAGAAGGAGAAGCUAUUCUACAUCAGCUUCUUUGAUGCCUCGGUUGGAAAAGAAGAAGAUGGAAAAUCUCAGCUUGGGUCAAUUCACUUUCUCACAACAGAGAAAGCACGGUCAGGACCAACAUUGGCAUCGGUGGUGGAAUUCUCAACCAAUAAAAGUUCUCGAGUUCUGAGGAGUUCAAUGUCUGCUGAAAGCUGUAGCAUGUCCAUCUGUGUGGACCGUCACUUGUACGGCCGCUUGGUUUUGGAUCGUUUGCUCUACGGCAACAGACCCUUGGAUGAGAAUUGGCGAUUGUCAAUGGGUCUUGAUGGAGGCGUCGUAACUGAUGCCAAGAGCCUCUAUGACCAUUUGAAUACAACAGGUCAGCUCCCCACGGAGCGUCAGACCAUGCUGGACUUGCUUGUUGCACGACAUCACUUGGAAGCUGGAGCGUAUAUGUUGUUUUGGGUUCCUACUCAUCGACAGCACGCCGACGGCCUAACCAAGAAGAUGGUCAACUUGUUGUGGCAGGCAUUCUGCCGAAAGCCUAUGGUGUCCCUACGUGAGACUCCAGAGGAGAAAACGUUAGAGGAUCACCGGCGCAAACUGCGCCAGGGGCAGCGACAGCGUCGCAAAGAAAAGCUGAAGGGCCGCGUCCCAGCACUGGCAUCGGCUGCGCCGUGCCAUAAUUUGCGCAACACACCAACACGUUUCCCUUCCGAUGUGAAAGACAAAGGUAGGUAG